GGCGUUCCCAAGUUACUGCGAGCUGUGAUGAGACCUGCUUCUGCCUGGCAGGACAGGCGUGAGGACUGAGUACUCCCGGGCUCGGCCGGGAAAGCAAUGUUGACAGACACCAGGUGCAACGCAAGGGAAGUAGUCAGGGCGAGAGUGAAUCCCAAUCUCAACCCACUCCAGAUGCAGUGUUUACACUCGCCAUCUGCACCACUGUCCUCAAAGAGGUACCCAGCGGACCCUUCCCUGGACCUUGGACUGAUGCAGGCACAACGCGGAGCAGACUGUGCCACCGCUUUUUGCAGAGGUCUGAGGCUGGAAGGAGGUGUGUGCCUUGUGUAUACAGGAGCAGGAAUCCUUUGAACCAUCUGCCCUAGACCUUUUUGGCUUUAUGUGAAUGUGGAACGCAAGUAAGGUUGCUCUUUUUCCCCCACUAGUAAUUAGCAUUCCGUUGGUCAGGUGCAUCUUCAGGGUUUGCCUCUACUUCACCUCUUGGUACCUUUGUUGUGAGCUGGGAAAAGGGCAUCCUGCUUCUCUGGAAUGCAUGUUGGACUUGGACAUCUUCGUGGAUUCACUUGGCAAAGGGCUAGUUGCUGGUAUUCAGCCUUCCAGCCUUCCAGCGUGGAUUAAUACAAAAGGACCUUUGCUUUGAAUGGCUUCACGUUUUAGAUAAUUAACCCUUCGGAUUUCUUAGAUGUCAUAGUUCAGGAACUUAUUACGCCAUUCCUUGGCAAGGGCUCUCCAGCACUGGUGACCUCUUCCAGUCCAACACUCUGCAAAUUAUUAUCUCUGGACUCCCAGCUGACACACUGCCGGAGGCAAGAGCUACGAAGCCAACUAGAACUUUGCCUUUUCUCUUGUCAAGGUUUUUUUCUUACACAGGAAAAAGGAAGAAAAAAAAAGAUGAAGCUGGGCAAAGUGGAGCUGUGCCGUUUUCUACAGCUUAUAGCUCUCUUCCUGUGUUUCUCUGGGAUGAAUCAAGCUGAGCUGCCAAGGUCCAGAUCCAAGCCAUACUUCCAGUUAGGAAGGUCCCGGACCAAGCGCAGCUGGGUUUGGAAUCAGUUCUUCGUGCUGGAAGAAUACAUGGGUUCAGAUCCCCUCUAUGUAGGGAAGCUUCACUCUGAUGUUGAUAAAGGAGAUGGUUCCAUCAAGUACAUCUUGUCAGGUGAAGGGGCAAGUUCAAUUUUCAUUAUUGAUGAGAACACUGGUGAUAUCCAUGCUACUAAGAGACUGGACCGGGAGGAGCAGGCCUAUUAUACACUCAGAGCCCAAGCUCUGGACAGACUCACCAACAAGCCUGUGGAGCCCGAAUCAGAAUUUGUUAUUAAGAUUCAGGAUAUCAAUGACAAUGAACCCAAAUUUCUAGAUGGUCCAUACACAGCAGGAGUUCCUGAGAUGUCUCCUGUGGGGACUUCAGUGGUUCAAGUGACAGCAACAGAUGCUGAUGAUCCUACCUAUGGCAACAGUGCUCGAGUAGUCUAUAGUAUUCUGCAAGGACAGCCAUACUUCUCAGUGGAACCAAAGACAGGAGUCAUCAAGACUGCUCUUCCAAACAUGGAUAGAGAGGCUAAAGACCAGUAUUUGCUUGUCAUUCAGGCAAAGGAUAUGGUUGGGCAAAAUGGCGGAUUGUCUGGAACAACUUCAGUUACUGUGACCCUAACUGAUGUCAAUGAUAACCCACCUCGCUUUCCACGAAGAUCUUACCAGUAUAAUGUUCCAGAAUCUUUGCCUGUGGCAUCAGUUGUGGCCAGAAUUAAAGCUGCAGAUGCAGAUAUAGGAGUCAAUGCAGAAAUGGAAUAUAAAAUAGUGGAUGGUGAUGGACUGGGCAUUUUCAAGAUAUCUCCUGACAAAGACACACAGGAAGGAAUCAUUACAAUACAGAAGGAGCUCGAUUUUGAAGCCAAAACAAGUUAUACACUGCGCAUAGAAGCUGCAAAUCGAGAUGCUGAUCCCCGGUUUCUGAGCUUGGGUCCAUUCAGUGACACAACAACAGUUAAGAUAAUUGUGGAAGACGUAGAUGAGCCCCCUGUGUUUUCGUCACCCUUGUAUCCCAUGGAGGUGUCAGAAGCGACACAGGUGGGGCAUAUAAUUGGCACUGUAGCAGCUCAUGACCCAGAUUCUUCCAACAGCCCUGUGAGGUAAUCGUUUGUUACUCCCCUUUCCUAUGAUUCUCAUCAGCAUUCUUGUGCUCACAGUCAUCAUUCUGCAUAAUGACCUUUUCUGAUUUGCAUCAAAUGAAAUGAUUUUUUCUUUCUAUGCAAAGCCACUGCCUAAAACUUUUCAAGAGGAACAGAACCACACAGCAAUUUUACUAAUUCAGUAUAGGGAUUAAUUAACUAAAUUAAGAAUCAAUAAACUAAGUAAUCUUUCAAAUCAGUCUCUGAAAAGCAUGUGCUUUUAAACUUUACUGGUUGUAGU